AUGCUUUCGUUUUUGGUGAAAGUCGCGACGCUUGCUUCGUUAGCUACUCCCUCUCUCGCAGAUGACGCUCCUGUAAAUGACUUGAAGGCAUACAAUAAGGGCUUCCUCGGUCAAUUUCCUACACAGGAAUUCAAGUCCUCGGAUGUAGUAGCCCCUGUCUUCCAAAUCAGUACCUUCAGCCCCAAUCUUGUCGAUGCUUCGGGGUUUCUCUUCUUGACAAUGGAACAUGGCGACAAAUCGGGACCUGCUAUCUUCUCCAGCAAAGAUCUCAGCCUUAUAUAUGCUGAUAUUUCAUACGCCAAGACAUUCGAUGCUCGUGCUCAAGUGAAGAGCGGGGGCAAAUAUCUCACUUUCAUUGAGGGCGGCCGCUGUCAUGCCUUUGAUGCCAACUACCAGAAGAAAUGGACAGUCGAGAUCGAGGACCUGGGGACUACACAGGGCAGUAUCCAUGAGUUCGAGUUCACAACUCAGGGGGGCACGGCUCUGAUGACCGCUGUCCAGGAUGUCAGAUUCAACUUGACUGCUCUUGGGGGUGAAAUGGAUGGUUGGCUGAGCGACUCUAUCUUUCAAGAAGUCGAGCUCGAAACCAACAGGGUUACCAACGUGUGGAGGUCCUUCACGCACGUCAACCUGACCGACACUCUGGUCAAAUACAGUCCCAAAAAGACGUUCAUGCAUGGUGAUGGCUUCGACUGGUUUCACAUAGACAGCGUGUCGAAGACCUCGAAAGGUCAUUACCUGGUGUCAUCAAGGAGUCUUUCGGCGAUCAUCCUCCUCCAAGCAGAUAGUCUGAACCCACGAUGGGUCCUCGGAGGAAAGCGCAACCAAUUCAAGGACCUCAGUGGCGGCAAUGCAACCAACUUCGCAAAUCAAUAUAACGCAAAAUUUGUCCAGGGCAAUGAGAGUCAAAUCAGUUUCUUCGACAACCAAGUCACCACAAGCGGAUCAUGUAGCGGAGACAAUUGUUCUCGUGGCGUCGUUGUGGAACUCGACUAUGAGGAAAUGACAGUCAGGCUUUUGCAUGAAUUUUACCAUCCUCAGAAGAUCUCCUCGGGCUCAGGGGGCAGCGUCCAGGGCCUUGACAAUGGCAACUUCCUUAUCGGCUGGGGAGCGAACCCAGGGAUCACAGAGCAUACGUCCAAUGGUGAAGUUGUCAUGGAUAUUCAGCGAGGAGUUAUCCCACAUGCAACUGACGGUGAUCCCGAUCUUGAUAUGUCUGUGUAUCGCGCAUGGAAGAUGGAAUGGAUUGGCCGACCUCCAUGGGGUCCUUCCAUCGCUUCCGCGCUUCCAGGGAAUGAGGCGACAAACACUACCAUUUAUGUGUCUUGGAACGGCGAUACUCAGGUUGACCGAUGGGAAGUGUACGCUGGUGAAGAUGACAAGAACGCCACUUCUUCUGAGAGACUCCUCGCAAAUUCAUCUCGAUUUGGCUUUGAAACAGAAAUCCUCUUGGAGGCAUUGCCACUUCCUAGAUCCGCACGGGCUGUCGGUGUAAGUAAAAGUGGUAAAAUCCUCGGCUCAACAGCCACAGUUAAUCUUGCGAGUGGUGAACUUCACGGCAAUAGCAGCAGUACUUGGAUUGUCAGGGCGAACACUCCCGAUGGAGAGCCCCGAGAUGAUCCUCACGGCGAAGAGAAGAAAGGGGAUGAAGAAGACUUUGCGUUCCAUACGAGGCCGCCAGUUGGCUCAGUAUUUGCCCUUCUACUCGCUAUUGCUUUCAAUCAUUUUUUCUAG